AGGCAUCCUUCCUACCAUCUACCUGCACACUGCUUGGGACCCUUUUCGCUCUACCUCCUCUUCUUCCCUUCCUACUCUUCCCCAUUCCACUCCUGAUGCCGCGGAUACCACACUCCCUCGCAGCGGCAAGCACGUCUCGCGCUGCCAUUGCCACAUUUCGGCAAGUGGCAACGACCUCGACUCGCCACACUUCUCGAGCCUUACGGUCGUCAGCUCGCCUCCAGCAGCGCGAUGACCAGGCUGGGAGCGCUGUGACUCAAGGAGAAGAAGGCGAGCUCGAUCCAAAUUCUUUGCAGGCUCGCAUGAUCAAAGCUCUUGAGGAGAGGUACACGCCCCCAGCUACACCACCGCCGCCUAGACCUUUCGCCAAAGCAGCGCCGCCACCUCCACCGACAACACCUGCUCUGGCACAAGAAGCAGUCAGUCAAGUCGUUGCUGAGUCUCUUGCUCAGGCGGAACAAGUCGGAGCAGCUCAGGCGGCAGUUGCAGCGGAUGCUCCGCCGCCGCGCCAGCCAUCGACCUCCUCCCUUGGCCCCUCGCCGACGGAUUCUUCGUCUGUCACGGCCGAGGUGCACGUUCCAGCGCUGGGUACGUUCGAAGAUGGGCGUUUUCUGCCAAAGACGCCUGAAGGGAAACCGUGGGCAGCUCAAUAUAUCCGCCCCGCCCAUGCUGGAACGAGAGGAGGCGAAGGCGCCGAAGGCUCUGGCAGCCCUGCGGUGUAUUAUGGUAAGCUGCUGCAGGCCGGCGCUUCUGGCAGUUCUAUGAAGUCGACCUCGCAGCGUCUCAAGGACCUGGGUGUGAAUCCUGCUUCUCUUCCACUGGACGAUGCAAAGGCGAUGAGAGCUGUUCGGGAAGGAAUUCGUCGCUUCGAAAAGGCUGGAAGGGUGUAUGGAGCCAAGUAUGGCGCGCUGCAGUAUCGCACCCGCAAGCUCACCGCAACAGAGAUCGAGCUGUUCCAAGCAGAGAUUGAGGCCGAGUCGGCCAGGUCUAGAGAGAGGCGGAGGUUGGAAGGCGAGGAAGAGGACCAGCACGAAGGCGGCUUCUCCACGACGAUGAGCCGCAAUCUUCCUGACUCGGUGGACUCAAGUCGAGCUCCCGGCGGAGGCGGAGGAGGGCGUGGAGGCGGAAUGUCCGUACGACGUUGGACUUCCAUAGCAGACGAGCGGAUAGAGGCGGCUCGAGCUGCUGGCUUCUUCAAGGAGAACAAGCUGAGAGGUAAACCUCUCCUGCAGGACAUCGAAGAGCGCAACCCCUACAUUGGCAAAGAGGAGUUUCUCAUGAACAGGAUGGUCAAACGACAAGGCGCUUCUCCUCCCUGGGUCGAGCUCAACCACACAUUCUACACCCACUUGGAUCAGUUCCGCAAUAAGAUCGUCGAUUCCUACUCGCGCAAGGCUGUUCGAGCCCUUACCCAAUCAGGCGCCCUCUCCUCCAGCGACGGACCUGGCACCGGCACCUCAGGAACAGACGAGCAGCGACGGUCCUACUUUCUCUCCCUCGCCAAAUCUUUUCGCGACGGAGGGGAAUGGCAAUCCAUCGAGCGUGGCUACCACGAAGAGUCGAUCAAGGACAUGAACAAUACCCUCAAGCGCCAUAAUUUCCUCUGUCCUCCUUCUGCUAGAAGGGGAAUGCUCACCAGAGAAGAAGAAUUGCAAAAGUGUUACGAUCAAAGCAUUCAAGUUAUUGCACAAGGUUUAGAAGAGACGUGGGAGGAAAUGACUGGUAGAAAGGCUAGAAAGGGUAGUGAAAGUGCAUUUGCUCCAGCUGGAGCUUUUGGCUCACCCUCUAGUGCGACUUUUGAUAUUUGGGGAAAUCCAAUCGAGGAUGAUAAUGUCAAUGGGUCUGCGGGAGGGAGAAAGGGAUGGGGACUGGGCAGUCUCUUCUCCAAGGCUGACAAUGAGGGGAGCGCCCUCGAGCGGACUGGCAGUGGGGGAGGGGAUGGCGAGGACGGUAUUGUCAACAAGGGCCUGGCAGAUGAGGAUGGCCGACCGAGGCAGAGGGGCGCAAAGGACGAUGUGACUCCCUUCCUCGGCGAAGGGAUCGUCAAGAAGAUCAAGGCCUGGUUGGUGCCUGCAAGAUCCUCUUCAUCCUCUAGGGACAACGAGGUUAGAAGGUAGCAGUAGAGUACCCUACGGUAUUCGAUAUACAUUGUAGCAUAGCACGAAUUUUCAAGGCAUCCUGCCACUUGUCAAUUGAUGGGUAAAUUAUUGUUACACGAGGAAGAGAAAAGAUCAGAAGACGAAGAAGGGGAGUAGAGGAGGGAGGGGGAGGGUGUUCGUCUCCAGUCGUGGCAGAGAAGGGGAGGGGA